UUCCUCCUCAUCCUCUUCCUCUUCUCUCCAUCUCGUCAGUAUCUGCUCUCUCCUCCCGUCUCUCCUUCAGUCUGCGCGCUGUGGUCCUGCUGUGCACCGCGAUCAGCGCUCUGCCAACCAGAGGAGGAGCUAAAACAGGCACGCGCACUCUCAGACAUCCCACAUCAUCAUCAUCACCACCACCACCACCACCAUCAUCAUCAUCUCUGCUGCACGCUCACUGUCAGCACCAGCCAGGCCUGUUCAGAGCAGGGGAGCCCAGCCGAUCCGUCGCCCACAAUGGAUGUACUGAUGAAAGGCUUCUCCAUGGCCAAGGAGGGGAUGGCGGCCGCUGCAGAGAAGACCAAAGCAGGGAUGGAGGAGGCAGCAGCCAAGACUAAAGAAGGGGUGAUGUAUGUAGGAAGCAAGACAAAGGAAGGAGUUGUGUCCUCAGUAAACACAGUGGCCAACAAGACCGUGGACCAGGCCAACAUCGUGGGAGACGCGGCGGUCGCCGGAGCCAACGAGGCGUCACAGGGAACCAUCGAGGGCGUGGAGAACGUCGCUGCGUCAACCGGGAUGGUCAGUCAGGGAGAGUAUGGAGGAAUGGAGCAAGGAGGGGAAGGAGGAGAGGGGUACUAGUCUCCUUCCGGACCCUCCAGCUGCCCCUCGCCUUCCUCGCCUCGCCGUACCAGACUCCAGAUGUUCAGCAUAUUUUUUUGUGACUUUUCGGAACCAAAAUCAGAACAGACUCUUCCAGACGCCGCACCUCGGCUUUCCCCUCACCGUCUAACCCUGCAGCCCGUAGCGCCCCCUCUGCUUCCCCGGCCUCACCUGUGUGUUCGUGUAGAUAAACCGCCUCCCCCGUGUCGUUGCCACCCGACUGAGAAAUUUCAAAAAUCACACCAAACACAAAAAGACACACCUCAAGAAGGUGCCAGCAUGAGACACGCACAUACAGAACACACCAUAAAUACCAGCAGACCACACACAGGGCAAACGAGUAGCUGUAGGAGAUUACAACAGAGAAACUUGUCUUAAUAGCAGAAGAAGAAGUCAUUGUGAAACCGAAGGAGCUGCAUGAGAGGUUGUGCGUGUGCUGCAGGCCGUGUGUCCGUGUUCAAGCUUGUGUGCAUGUGUUUUCAGCAGGGAUCCCCGCGUUCAAGAACUGUGCUUCAGUUUGUGGCAGUAGGAUGCAUGAGCUGACGUUCCCCGUGGUGUUUUGUCUCUCUAUAGGGCGGCUGUUAUGUGUUGCAAAACGCCGGCUUUGUGCGUAUGUGUUCGCUUCAGCAUUUAGAAACAGGGUCAGCGCAGUAGAAGUGAUGAGCAAGUGCAACGUGACGUCAUGCAUGAGCAUUUUCAGAUGUCUGUACAUGCGGUGAUGUGUUUGUGUCCGCAACGUCGGGGUAGGAAGAAAGAGCGUUCAACAAUCAGUUAUUGUUCGUUUGGUUGGGUUUGGGUGAAGAGGUAGAGUCCCUACGGUUCGUACCGACAACAACUGGACAGUCUCUGUCUCACCAUUAAUGUGAAAAUGAAAACCAGCAAGUGUCAAACAAUUACCGCCUAAACGCUGUAACUAUUUUACAGCUUUCACUUCUCUCUUGAAGCAGUUUCACACCUUGAAACGUGACCAAAACAACCCAAAUAUCGAACCAAAUGGAGGUUCGGGUCAGUAAGUCGUGUUGUUGUUCUGACUGCAACGUAAAGGCAAUAAAAGUUGCUUCCAAUGAACUGAAGAAGUCUUUUGGAUGAGAGGUAUGAAAAAACACGAGAAGUCCAGUUGCCUUUUGAUUCAACACUUACAAAUUUGUACCAAUGAUGAACAAUUGGAUUUUAAAUAAACAUUUUCCAAAACAAUUUAAAUUCUAUGCAUCAAAAGCAACAAGAUUAAGUAAAAACAAAAACUAUCACUGAAUCAGGUUGUAGCUUAAAUCUGUCCUCUAAUGUUUCUGCAAAAUAUAAUUAUUUCAAAACUAAAACACAACUAAAAAAGUUAUAUUACCAGCAUGAUGAGUGUUGAUUUAAUCACCUUUACAGACAAAUAACAUUUUUGUCAGGAUAUUUUCGGGUCGGUGUUAAAAUCCCUUUGGCAGAAGAAGAAAAAGAUGCUCACUUCUAGACAUAGACGUGCUUAUUUCAACAGAAAAUACUUUACGGAAAAUGCUAAGAAAUUAAAGAAAAAGAGAAAUAUUCAUCUUUUCCCUCGCGUGCGAGUUGAGCUUUGGGAAACCAUUUUGCAUGCAAUUACGGGAAACAUCCAGUUGAGUUUCUGGGUUCAUCUACACCAGAUAUACCAGUGAGUCCAGUUUGAUGAAGAGGAGGAAUGAAGGCUUACGAUUUGUUUUUAGCUAAGCUCUGUGUGGUUAUCUACGCUGAAUGUGUUCCCUCUCUGCUGUCUCGGCCAGUCGGAUACCCUCUCCCCUGCUGCUGAGCGUCACACCACCAGUCAUCGCUUUAAGAGUGUGUGUACGUGUGUUCAAGUAGAGGAGCUUCAGCCAGAAGAGUGUGUGCAUUUUUAAAAAUUUUUUUUUUUACUUUGAGGUCAACUGAAACCGACGACUGCAUGUUGCCUUACAGAGCGGCACACCCAUAAAAACGCACAGAGACACUUCAGAGAAAAAGAAACACAAACCAACACACACACACACACCUAACCUGAGUCACGCACUGUGUUUAAGUUGGCAUCACAUCAAAUUUGCUGAUUUUAUAAAUCGUAAAUGUGAAAAUAAAAAAGGUUUUGUUGAAAUCCAA